AUGGCCAUGGUGUUGGGUCAGCCCCCUGAUGCCGAGGACACAAUCGAGUCGAUUGAACUACCAGCGGCGCGGCCGCCUCCUCCGGCUGUUGGUACUUUGACGAGCAGUAGCGAGAGCAAGGGAUUUGAGACCACGACUCAGGUCCCAUCUGAGCCUGUCCAGAGACGGAGCUCAUUCAGGACAUUUACAGUCAUGGUCGCUCUUUUUUCCGCCCUCUUCAUUACCGCUCUGAACACGACCAUUGUAGCCACGGCAAUACCGACUAUUUGCUCCGACCUCCAUUCAGCUGCCGGCUACUCGUGGAUAGGCGCCUCAUAUGUUAUUGCCACAACCGCCGUCGUCCCCGUAUGGGCGAAACUCUCAGAUAUAUGGGGCCGGAAACCGAUUCUGCUGGCAGCCGUCGCCCUGUACUUCGCCAGUUCCAUCAUAUGCGCAGCCUCAAGCAGUAUGGCAAUGCUCAUCGCGAGCCGUAGUGUCCAGGGUGUUUCCGGCGGCGGCCUGGCCUCCCUGAUCAACAUUGUCAUUUCGGAUCUGUUUAGCAUGAGGAGCCGGCCUCUUUUUCUUGGCCUCCUUCACGUAACCUGGGCGGUCGCUGGGGGUCUCGGACCAGUGCUCGGUGGUGCUUUCACUCAGCUGCUUUCGUGGAGGUGGAUUUUCUGGAUCAACCUUCCAAUCUCCGGAGCAGCAUUCUGCCUGUUACUCCUUUUUCUGGACGUGCACAAUCCGAAAACCAAGCUGGCCGAAGGGGUUAAAGCAAUCGACUGGGCAGGAAGCCUUUCAAUCGUGUGCAUCAUGGUCAUGAUGCUUCUCGGUCUCAAUUUUGGAGGCACUGCGUAUCCCUGGGACUCGCCGAAGGUCAUCUGCCUGGUCGUGGUUGGUGCUUUGAUGGUUGCCGUGUUCCUCUUUAGUGAAGGCCGACUCACACGCUAUCCCAUCAUGCCCUUGGGUCUGUUCCGCCACAAGUCUAAUGCCGCUUGUCUUGCUAUUGGCUUUGCACAGCAUUUCGUCAUCAAUUGCGCCGAGUAUUAUCUUCCCCUCUAUUUUCAAUCUGCAAAAGAGGCUUCGCCACUCCGGUCUGGACUUCUCCUCCUUCCGCUAAUAAUUCCGGAAGCACUUACUGGUAUUUUCACGGGUCUCUUCAUUUACCGCGUUGGCCGAUAUAUCGAGCUCAUCUGGAUUGGUGUGAUUCUACUAACCGUCGGCAACGGAUUAUACAUCUAUCUCAACGCGACAUCAUCGAUAGUAUCAAUUGCUGCUUUCGAAGUCGUGGCUGGGCUGGGGGCAGGUCUUCUAUUUGAACCCCCUCUCAUCGCCCUCCAAGCCCUCGUUUCCCAAGACGACACCGCAACCGCCACAGCUACGAUUGGGUUUAUACGCAACGUCGGCACCUCACUUUCGAUUAUCAGCGGUGGUAUCAUCUUCCAGAACGGGAUGCGACUGCAGAGGUCGACCUUGCGUGACCACGGACUGUCGACAGACCUGGUCGAGAACUUCUCGGGGCCCGACGCUGCGACCAACAUCGACCUCAUUGCGACCAUCUCUAACAAGGCUCAGAAACUAGCUGUUCAGCAGGCCUUCGCGUGGUCCUUGCGGAAUAUUUGGAUUACAGCCACGUGUAUGGCUGCAUGUGGCCUCCUUGCUGGUGGACUCGUCACGAAAAAGGAGCUGGCCAAAGAGCACACCGAGACGCGGACAGGGAUUAAAGAGAAGCGAGGGAUCAUUGUAGCCACACUCGAUGGUGCAGAGUCUACGCCCGCUGCUACAAACAGAGAAGAAAUCUCCGCUUGA